AUCAAAACUCGGGUAUCUGCAUACAAAUCAUCACAGCAUUCCAGAUGAAGACUUAUCACAACAUAUCAAGCCUGGCUGCACUACUUUGCCUCACUCUUCUGCUUCAGCCCCUAUUCUCCCAUGGUGUUUGCAAUAUGGGAUCAAUAGAGAUAAAGCAAUUUAUGUUGGAGGAGAAGUGGGAGCAGGAAGAUAUGAUGAGAGGCACAUAUUAUGUGAGCAUAUCAAAUAGUGGAUGCCUUGAUACUGCCUGUCUUCCAUACAACGUAGUUUUGUGGUGCCCUGGCUUGCUUUCCACACAGAAUAUCUCAUUCUUUCCUAAUACAGCUUUAUCAACUUUCUUCAUUGCAGGAAGGGAUUUAUACGUUCUGAAUGAAGGAGAAGUAUUGGCACCUCAGAUAGUCAUGGGAUUCAACUAUACAGUGGCUCUCAGAGGACUUGGGAUUCUUCCUCCAAUCCUUCUCCCAAUUCCAAUUAUUUUGUAUUCAGCCGACUUUUGCUCUUAAGGAAUCCUCCUGUCUUUGCACUGUAAUUGGUGUCUAAGGGUUCAGAGCAAUCAUAAGAGCAUUGAGAAACUAUUUCUAUAUCCUUGUUUAUUGUUUCUAAAACGUAUUUGCAUUGCCUACAUGCUUGAUGUAUCUAUCUUAGAUAAGAUAAAUCUCUGUAUCGACACCUAUCUAUUUCAUAAAUCUAAACUUUUUGUUGUUUUCAAAUGGAAAUAAAUUAUUUGUUUA